AAAUGAUUCUCCCAGCAAGCUACUGUUGAAUCGACCGCCAUGGAUACUGAUGGAAGACAAGCGGAGGCUUGCACUGCGGCUGCAGCGCUCAUCGUGACCUUCCUGGUGGGCGCGGCGUGUCGAGCGCGGAGUUCCAAGAGGCCGCGGCCACUUCCUUUCCAGCACGACGAGGUCUCUGGCUUCGAUCACCUGGAUGGCCACGCGCCAAGAAGGGGGCUGCGGUUGGUGGUUGUCAGCGACACGCACAACUUCCACCACAAGCUGAAGCUGCCAGAUGGAGAUGUCCUGAUUCAUGCGGGCGAUUUUACUCAAUAUGGCAAGGAGGAGCAUGCGCAUGACUUCAACCAAUGGUUAGCAGAGCAGCCGCACAGGACAAAGCUGGUAGUGCUUGGGAACCAUGAGAACAACUCGGACUGGCACAAGCGAGCUGCAGACGUGUUGUCGAACGCCACGCUGCUGCGGCAAUCUGCGUUUGACUUGCAGGUUCCGGGGUCAAGCCCUGUACGCUUCUUCGGAACCGACUUUUUCUGGCCAUGCCUUGGCAGCAACCCGUACUUUGACCAGAUUCCUGCAGGUACUGACGUCGUCAUUGCUCACGGGCCUGCCAAAGGCUGCGCAGAUGGCGGCAGAGGAUGCCCCGCUCUUCUGAAGGCUGUGCAGAACCUUCAGCCGGAGUUGGUGAUCUCGGGGCACGUGCACUUUGCCAGAGGGGCUGCGCUGCUCUCGGGCAAGUCUCGCUCAACCGUCCUAGUGAAUGCGGCAAACUGCGGCAGUGGCAAAGCUGAACGGGUGCUGGUGAGUGGGCCAGUGGUGAUUGACAUUUGAUGCAGCCAUGCCUUCCGUGGAGGUUGUGGAACUGAGGGCUGGGCCAUAGGAUGCAUUCUUGUACAGCGCUUCGAGGCCUCAUAUCUC